AUGGCGAAGCGCGAAGCCAGUCAGAGAAUGUUGCAACGGCCAGCGGCGAUAUUUCCCACAAACGCGGGCUGGUGGACGAAGGGGGGUGGUUUUGGGGAGGGGGGCGUGUACGCUUGUCACCAAGUGGUUCCUCCAGCUUCCUCUACCAAGCGCUUCCUCCAGCUUCCUCUACCAAGCGCUUCCCCCAGCUUCCUCUACCAAGCGCUUCCUCCAGCUUCCUCUACCAAGCGCUUCCUCCAGCUUCCUCUACCAAGCGCUUCCUCCAGCUUCCUCUACCAAGCGCUUCCUCCAGCUUCCUCUACCAAGCGCUUCCUCCAGCUUCCUCUACCAAGCGCUUCCUCCAGCUUCCUCUACCAAGCGCUUCCUCCAGCUUCCUCUACCAAGCGCUUCCUCCAGCUUCCUCUACCAAGCGCUUCCUCCAGCUUCCUCUACCAAGCGCUUCCUCCAGUUUCCUCCACCAAGCGCUUCCUCCAGUUUCCUCCACCAAACGCUUCCUCCAGCUUCCUCUACCAAGCGCUUCCUCCAGCUUCCUCUACCAAGCGCUUCCUCCAGCUUCCUCUACCAAGCGCUUCCUCCAGCUUCCUCUACCAAGCGCUUCCUUCAGCUUGCUCUACCAAGCGCUUCCUCCAGCUUGCUCUACCAAGCGCUUCCUCCAGCUUGCUCUACCAAGCGCUUCCUCCAGCUUUCUCUACCAAGCGCUUCCUCCAGCUUCCUCUACCAAGCGCUUCCUUCAGCUUCCUCUACCAAGCGCUUCCUCCAGCUUUCUCUACCAAGCGCUUCCUCCAGCUUCCUCUACCAAGCGCUUCCUCCAGCUUCCUCUACCAAGCGCUUCCUUCAGCUUCCUCUACCAAGCGCUUCCUCCAGCUUCCUCUACCAAGCGCUUCCUCCAGCUUCCUCUACCAAGCGCUUCCUCCAGCUUCCUCUACCAAGCGCUUCCUCCAGCUUCCUCUACCAAGCGCUUCCUUCAGCUUCCUCUACCAAGCGCUUCCUCCAGCUUCCUCUACCAAGCGCUUCCUCCAGCUUCCUCUACCAAGCGCUUCCUCCAGCUUCCUCUACCAAGCGCUUCCUCCAGCUUCCUCUACCAAGCGCUUCCUCCAGCUUCCUCUACCAAGCGCUUCCUCCAGCUUCCUCUACCAAGCGCUUCCUCCAGCUUGCUCUACCAAGCGCUUCCUCCAUCUUCCUCUACCAAGCGCUUCCUCCAGCUUCCUCCACCAAGCGCUUCCUCCAGCUUUCUCCACCAAGCGCUUCCUCCAUCUUCCUCUACCAAGCGCUUCCUCCAGCUUCCUCUACCAAGCGCUUCCUCCAGCUUCCUCUACCAAGCGCUUCCUCCAGCUUCCUCUACCAAGCGCUUCCUCCAGCUUCCUCUACCAAGCGCUUCCUCCAGCUUGCUCUACCAAGCGCUUCCUCCAGCUUCCUCUACCAAGCGCUUCCUUCAGCUUCCUCUACCAAGCGCUUCCUCCAGCUUCCUCUACCAAGCGCUUCCUCCAGCUUCCUCUACCAAGCGCUUCCUCCAGCUUCCUCUACCAAGCGCUUCCUCCAGCUUCCUCUACCAAGCGCUUCCUCCAGCAUGCUCUACCAAGCGCUUCCUCCAGCUUCCUCUACCAAGCGCUUCCUCCAGCUUCCUCUACCAAGCGCUUCCUCCAGCUUCCUCUACCAAGCGCUUCCUCCAGCUUCCUCUACCAAGCGCUUCCUCCAGCUUCCUCUACAAGCACUUCCUCCAGCUUCCUCUACCAAGCGCUUCCUCCAGCUUCCUUUACCAAGCGCUUCCUCCAGCUUUCUCUACCAAGCGCUUCCUCCAGCUUCCUCUACCAAGCGCUUCCUUCAGCUUCCUCUACCAAGCGCUUCCUCCAGCUUCCUCUACCAAGCGCUUCCACCAGCUUCCUCUACCAAGCGCUUCCUCCAGCUUCCUCUACCAAGCGCUUCCUUCAGCUUCCUCUACCAAGCGCUUCCUCCAGCUUCCUCUACCAAGCGCUUCCUCCAGUUUCCUCUACCAAGCGCUUCCUCCAGCUUCCUCUACCAAGCGCUUCCUCCAGCUUGCUCUACCAAGCGCUUCCUCCAGUUUCCUCUACCAAGCGCUUCCUCCAGCUUGCUCUACCAAGCGCUUCCUCCAGCUUCCUCUACCAAGCGCUUCCUCCACCUUCCUCUACCAAGCGCUUCCUCCAGCUUCCUCUACCAAGCGCUUCCUCCAGCUUCCUCUACCAAGCGCUUCCUCCAGCUUCCUCUACCAAGCGCUUCCUCCAGCUUCCUCUACCAAGCGCUUCCUCCAGCUUCCUCUACCAAGCGCUUCCUCCAGCUUCCUCUACCAAGCGCUUCCUCCAGCUUCCUCUACCAAGCGCUUCCUCCAGCUUCCUCCACCAACGCUUCCUCCAGCUUCCUCCACCAAGCGCUUCCUCCAGCUUCCUCUACCAAGCGCUUCCUCCAGCUUCCUCUACCAAGCGCUUCCUCCAGCUUGCUCUACCAAGCGCUUCCUCCAGCUUCCUCUACCAAGCGCUUCCUCCAGCUUCCUCUACCAAGCGCUUCCUCCAGCUUCCUCUACCAAGCGCUUCCUCCAGCUUCCUCUACCAAGCGCUUCCUCCAGCUUCCUCUACCAAGCGCUUCCUCCAGCUUCCUCUACCAAGCGCUUCCUCCAGCUUGCUCUACUGA